AUGGCAAGCCUUUGGCGAAGGCGACUGAAGCACCUGGCCGCGUUGCACCUCCGCCAGAUCCCGUGUUGCCAUGCGGUGGUCCAGUCGUUGCGCUGCUUCAAGCGGAGCCGCUACCAGAGCCUGGGGCAGGAGGAGGGCGAGGAGGUCGACAAGCGCCAGAACGUGAACGUGGUAUUUGGCCAGGUGAUGAUGAAAGUUGCGUUGGUGGCCAUGAUUGCAGUAACCAUCCUUUGCCUGGUGAGGACAAAAACGCUCUCAGACCUCGAGCGUUUGGAGUCGUCUGACGAGUGGCUCCGCUUCAAGGAGGACUCUCCCAUUGUCCUGUACCUGGCCACGGUGGAGAUGUUGAUUUGCGGCUCCUGCGCAGUGACGGCGGCCGCCAUGUACCAAAGACGAGGGCAUCAGAUGAAGCAUCCUGAGGCGAUGCGGUGCAUGAAGGUGGAGCUGUCCAAAGGCGGUGAUGAGCUCUUUGGCCUCGGGUUUCGGCCAAGCUCUGACGGUUUGGAGUGCCUGGUCGUGGAGGAUGUCCGGCAGGGCUCACUGCUCCACGCGUGGAACUGCCGAUCUCUGGAGCCAUCCGCAGAGGAGCUGGUGGAGGAAGCGCUCGGAGAAGCUGAAAGCACAGAGAAACCAAGGCCACUGGUCACGGUUGGCUCCGCCAUUUUGGCUGUGAACGACGUGUUCGCAGACGUUGGCUUAAUGCAGCAGCAGCUGCUCACCAAGAGUCAGGUCACGAUUUGGAUGCAAAAGGAGCUGCGAGAGGAGGUCCACCCCAGCGACUUCGAUUCAGGUAUGUUCGGAGCUGAUGCUCAGCCAGCCGACGGAGGGGCUGCCCCGCCGACCACGGUGGGAGCCGAAGCUCCAGCUCCACAAAACCUCCCGCGGUUCGCCUGUGUCGCCAUGGAGGAUGAGGAGCCUCAAAUCCUCACUCGCUGGACAAUCUGUGGCCUCAUGUUCGGCUGGGUCACGCUGCUGCCCGUGCUGCUCAUGCAGCCCCACGAGGAACGGCCGCGGCAGCAGCUCUUCCGGCAAUUUCUCUUGAAGCCAUGUCUCCUGAUCCUGCCAGUUUGGCUGCUUCUCUGGAUUCUUGAUUGCGUCCAAUUGCUCUUCAUGUUCCAGAUCAUCCACCCCUUCUACUACUUCAUGAUUUGCCACAGCUUCAUGCCUGCCAUCCUUGCUUGGUACCUCUUCACCAUGCAGGCUGCCGACGAGCGAGUUGUGCUCGACCAGCGGAGGUCUCGGCGCAUUGAGGCCGGGGAUGUCCCCGUCGUCAUAGAAGAUCCCGUGCCCGUCUUGCUCAAGGAGCUGAUCGCUAUCAACCCCAUCGCCAUGGUUGGGCUGGGUGCCUGCGCAAGCAUCCCCAUCGUGCUGUGCUCUCUGUUCACUGCCUUUGAGACCAGGCGCUUGAGGCAAGCGCAGUCUUACGUGAACCUGAUCUAUGGCCUGCUGACGGUGUUGCAGCUGGUCUCGAUGUAUGUCCUCUAUCAUCUUCGGUUCGCUCAACUGCCAGAGAUGUACCUGGCCUCAGUGUACUUCCUGGUGAGCCUCCCGUGCUUCGCUGUGUGGUGCACCUGCCUGGUUUGCGCGAACCACUUCGCCAAGAAGGACUUGAGCCUGGUGCAGAGUCAACGAUUGGAGCGGGCCAAAGAGCUGGCUCGCAAGGACUUGACGCUCCCAACGGGGACCCUGGUGGACUGCACUGAGGCCAUCACCCGGGAGUUCGAGCUAAUUUACACUGUGUGA